UCGAUUUGGGAAGCUUAAUCCACUGCUGGGAGCUGGCGAUCAACUUAAAACUUGUGCCAUACGCGCGUGAUAGAAACAGAAAACCGUUACCUUGAAGAAGGCAUGGAAUUUAUUUCAUUUUUCAUGUUCAUAGCCUGGAAUGCAUUAUUGACUAACUUCACUUUUGGAAAAGAGCGAGAUCGCACAAUGGUGUUUCCAGAUUACUUCUUCUUUGCUGAAAGACGUUUGGUAAACCAUGUAGUCGAAACUAAACACGUCAAAGACUUGGACCACUGUGAACUUUUCUGCUACAUGAACGACAACUGCGUCAGUGCUAACUUCAAAAAAGAGCCAGAGACUGGAGGAAUCGCUUAUAUCUGUGAACUGAAUAACGCCACUCAUCUUGAAAAUGAUACUGACCUGAUAAUUGAUGCUGAUUUUUAUUAUCGAGGCUCAAAGAACGCGUGCGGUAAAAGCCCACUUUGUCAAAAUAAUGCAACUUGUCAAUCCGGUUUCACAAUCAAGGGAUAUCGAUGCUCGUGCUCUCCUGGAUUCGAAGGAGAACAUUGCGAAAAAGAUAUUGAUGAAUGCCAAAAAAAUACUCACGAUUGUCACCUGAACGCUACUUGUCAAAACACAAAUGGAUCCUUUGUGUGCACCUGUUUAUUUGGAUUUAACGGAGAUGGACGGAGCUGCACAGCCGAUCCGUGCCAUAAUUACAGAAACCUGAGCGAGGCUGACAGAAAGAGCACUUACAACACACCCGACGGUCAAGGAAAAUGUGACGACGAAUCCUCAUCCAUAAUAUUCGGGGAAUGGUAUCGUUUUGUGGGAGAUGCAGGAACAAAAAUGCCAACCCAGUGCGUACCGGGUUAUAGAUGUGGUACGGACUACUCAGGCUGGCUAAAAGGUGGUCACCCCACACUGGCAGAUGGUGAGGUUUCUUCAGAGGUCUGCUUUACCAGAGGUGGAGAUUGUUGCAAGAAAUCAAACAACAUUAAAGUGAAAGACUGCGGAUCCUACUUUAUUUACAAACUGCUAAAGGUACCUGGUUGUAAUCUGCGCUACUGUGGCACAGACUAAAUGCUAUAAGCAAGUUAUUCUGCAAAGUGAAAGGAUUCACAAAUCGAUUUAUUGGCACGCACAUGUACAUCAAUGAUAACAGGGACUUAAAAUAUUUCAUAUGAUCCACUUUUUAUGAUUAGUGUUAAACAGUGAGUAGUUUCAACACAAGAGUACCUUUGGACUGCUUAGUUUGAUCUUCCAGGUAAGAGUGCUCCUGAGAAGUUGUGACUGCAAGUAAUCAGUAAUAGUGACUGACGUUUCUAUAACCUUAGCGGAAAUCAUCAUCAGAGUCGACUGAACAAUAGUUGUU